UCUCUUUAUUGACCAAAAGAUCUUCUAGUUGUCACUUAGUUUUAAGAGAAAUGAAUGAGUGGAUGUUGCAGUACAGCGUGUCAGUGACAUCACGUUCAUGAUCUUUACAUUAAUGUUCCUCAAACGUUCUGCUUUGGUUCUAAACCUUCAAACCUCAAGAUGAAAUCACACAGACUUAACAGCUGAACUUCUAGAGUGAGCUUAUGGAUCAUUUCACAUUUGUGUUUGAUCACUUUUUAGUUUUUCAAAACUUUAGACUAAAUCUCUAAGCCAUGACAUCAUUACAAUGUUUGCAUACUGUUAACUGAUUGGUUGACUUAUAUCUGUUUGAAUGUUGAAUUACACGUCGAGCUUGCGACACACGUAUGUAUGUUAUGAAAAUAAGACGUAUAUGUGUAUGUAUGUCUGAUGUGACAUUUCAUGAAUGCUGAACCUAAACUUUGCUUCAGGACACACAGUUCUCGUUGUGUUUGUGUGUGUUUAUUCAGAAGUUUAAAGCAGGUUUGGAUGUUCGGUCUGGUUUGGAUUGUAAUAAGAACUCUGUUCUCUGAGAAUGGAAGGAACCGUUUGCCCUCAGACGUUUUCUUUUGAGUCUUUCUGUUUGGAGACGUCUGUUUGAAGGCGAGGAUAUGAAGGAUGCGAGUUGAACAGAAACAGACAGAGAACAGAUCGGCGCACAUGCGUUCCAUUAAAAAGCCCUCUUUAGCUUAAACGUUUCAACACGUUCACGUGUCCCGCAGGCAGAUCGAGAGAACUUCAGGAUUUCCUGUGACACACGCUGUGAAACACGGCCAGUAUUUAUAAACUAUUCAGACAUUUUCCCGUCGCGUUUUUGUGACGGGCUAAUGGAUGACAGUGAUACAGCUGAAAUGUAUCCUUGAGAAUUCCUGUUUGUGUCAUUUCCUCUCUCUCUCGCUCUCAAAGCCAAAAUGUCUCUCGCCCGCUUUGUGGAACAUGUGAGGAAGCUUCUCAUGGUUUGCUGGAAGAGAUCCACGAGUUUGGAUGUAGUUGCCAUUACGAUAUCCAGCUGUCAUCCGUAUCAUCUCACACAGGAGGUUUGAGGAUGGGUCUCUGGCCAACAUUGAGGAUCUGGCCCAGGAGUAUUCUGAGUAUUACAGCACAUCUUACAGCGACGUGAGCGACAGAAUGGAGGAGUUACGCAAGAGAAGAGUCGCCCAGACAGAAGAGGCGGGAAAAUCUGAAUCAACAGCAUCGCUGCAGCUGCGUCUGGAGAUCCAGGAAUCUCUCGGGCUUUCUAGUGCCGUUUCCACCCCUGAGAUAGAGAGACGUCCAUUAAUGCAGCAGUCCAGCUCUGAAGAUGGAUCAGCAGGCAGGUGGGACAGCAGAAAGAAAAACAGAUCAUUCUGGCAAAGUUUUCGGAAGACACAGAAAGGAAGCAUCCGAGCGGCGCCCAAAGGGGAAGACCUGGGUUUUGUGGCCAGUGAGAUCACCAUGAGCGACGAAGAGCGCAUUCAACUGAUGAUGAUGGUGAAGGAGAAGAUGAUAACAGUGGAGGAGGCGCUGGCUCGGCUGAAGGAAUAUGAAUCACAGAACAAGCAAUCCAACAGCGCAGACGGGAUCGAUUGGACCGAUGCACCCAAUCUCUCCAUCACUGAAUCCUCCUUCUGCAACUUUGUAUCUGACCAUGUGCAGUCCAGAGAUCAGUCUGAGGAUGAACUGGAGCAGUCAGUCACUUUCCGCCGGCUUCAUAAACUCGUCAAUUCAACCCGGCGUGUCAGAAAAAAGCUUAUAAGAAUAGAAGAGACCAAAACACAUGGAGUGAAGGAGCCGGCGUCCCCAUCAGGUGAAGAAGGUCUUUGUCUAUACUCUGGGGUGCAGAAGCAUCUCGCCGUGUCUCAGGGUGAUGGACUGAGCUCCGUGCUUCAGGAGCAGCUCUCUCUGGACAGCCUGACCACGUCUCCAUCCACCAGCAGUCUAGACACCUGCAGCAGUCACAAGCUCUUCAAGAGUUUCAGUAAAUCCAGCAGCAGUCAGGGUCUGGAGCCCACAUCAGGACCGAGCGGAGCGCCUUCAGGGCCGGAUGCUGGAAGCGGCUCCUCAUUCUCAGAGGCCGACGGGGAGGUUGAGCCCAGACUGUCACGCUCUGUGACGGACGGGGAGAUGAGACGAGCUCUGAGCUCUUUAAACUAUCAUGGAAGGACCUGUAGCUUUGGAGGAUUUGAUCUCACAAACCGACCAGUGUACAUGAGCAACAACAGCUGUGACAUCUCAAAUGACAGCAGAGACAUGACAGACAUGUCUCGCUCUCCCACACCAUCUCGGAUCUCUCUGGGGAAGAAGGUGAAAUCUGUAAAAGAGACCAUGAGGAAACGCAUAUCCAAGAAAUACAGCUCUCCAUCCGAGCAGUCAAGCCCCAGCAGAGCUCCCAGCAGCCCUCAGUGUUGUCACACAGACUCGAUGGAGGACCCCAAACUCAAAGCUGGAGGAUCUGUGGAGAGUCUGAGGAGUUCUCUCAGUGGACAGAGCUCCAUGAGUGGUCAGACCGUCAGCACCACAGAUUCGUCCAUCAGUAACAGAGAGAGCGUGAAAUCAGAGGAUGGGGAGGAAGAUGAGCUGCCGUACAGAGGACCGUUCUGCGGCCGAGCUCUCGUGCACACUGACUUCACCCCCAGCCCGUACGACACAGAUUCUCUCAAACUCAAGAGAGGAGACACGAUUGACAUCAUCAACAAGCCGCCCAUGGGCACGUGGAUGGGGCUCCUGAGAAACAAAGUGGGAACCUUUAAGUUCAUCUACGUGGACGUGUUGAACGUUGAAGAGGAGAAACCCAAACGCAGCAUAAAGAAGAGGAGGAAAAGCCGUCCUCCUAAACCCACAUCUGUGGAGGAACUCAUGGAGCGGAUUAAUCUAAAAGAGCACAUGCCCACGUUCCUGUUUAACGGUUAUGAGGAUCUGGACACAUUUAAACUCCUGGAGGAGGAAGAUCUGGACGAACUGAACAUCACAGACCCGCAGCACAGAGCCGUGCUCAUGACCGCUGUCGAACUUCUGCAAGAGUGUGAGAGUAACAGCGACCCCGAGCGUGACGGAUCAUCCGGUGGUUCCCAGGAGAAGCUUCAGUCCUCCGAGGGUCACGUCCCGUCGGUUGACUCCCCUCGUGACUCGGGCUGUUACGAAAGCAACGAGAACCUGGAGAACGGCAAAGGCAGAAAGGCGUCUCAGUUAAGCAGGUCGUCGUCCGGCUUUGAGUCCAGUCACCUUCCCUCCCCCGAGUAUCCAACCCCACCCCUCUGCCACUCCACCAGGUCCACCUCAAAAGCCAGACCGGAUUCCCAGUUGCUCCAGCAUCCACCGCAGAUCCACACCAUGAAGGAUCAAGAAAGAAGUCACUUUUUGCUUGACGGAAGACCCCUCAGCCGCAGUUGUGAGUCUCUAGAUAGGCUGUCCAGUCGGCCAGAAUUCUGGAAGCGUUGCUUCUCUGUGGAGGAACUUCAUAUACAACAAGGUCCCAAAAAACAGCAGAUGGACAGCUCGGAGGACCUCAGUGACACCAAACAAUUGGUCUUUAGCAAUUCAGAGGAGAGUCCGAGUCAAAGUGGUCCGGAGAACCCGGUAAAACCUCUUGAUUAUGAUGAAGUUCAAGGAGACGGAGCACAGGGAGCCUUGAAUGACUUUUUUCCAAGCCCACAACGCAUGAAACCACCCAUUCCUCCAAAACCUCUUCCAUCAGCAUUUUGUAAAAACAGAGAGACUUUCAAUGCCAGUAGAGAUUUUUUCACAAGCGCAGAGAUGUCCGGCCAUGAAGUUUCUCAAACCAGCAGACCACUCAUUUUCAGACCUGCACAGAAAGUCCAGAUGGAGAAAACGGCCAACCUGGAAACUUUGAUGGUGAAGUUGUCAUCUGAUGGCAUCGACCUCACAGAAGAACCGUAUUCUGACAAGCACGGCCGUUAUGGUGUGCCGUUCUCUCUGGUCCAGAGAUACUCUGAAGAUCUGGAUAAACCUUUGGGUGACAUCGCUGUUCUAAUCGAUCAAACAAGAAUCCAACAGCUUUUAAAGCUGCACCGCAUAGCUAUCCCAUUGAGAGGUUUGUCCGAAAUAUGUAUCAUUCCUUGAGCUCAUCUGGAUCUCAGACUGGUUUUUCAUUGGAAACUUUUCAACGGAUCGACAAAUGACUUGCCAGAAUGUUUGAAAAGCAAUAGUUCCACAAAUAUGCUCAGUGGAUUGUCACAUGCCCAUGUUUUGCCUCUAAAGAAAGUUGUUGCCAGUUUAGAUUUAAUGUAGAUUUUAAGGUGUUGGCAGCAUUGUUGAAACAUAAACUUGAUCAUUUCUGUGAUUUAAUAAGUGAUUAUUAAGUCAGUUUUGCAAGAAGUGCUUUUGAUCUGAACUGAUCUGAAUGCACAAAUUAGAAUGUUUGUAAACCACAAGCGUUGCCUUUUUCAUUAUAAAUCUAUAAUAGUGUCUCUCGGCAAACUAAAUGUACAUUUGUUGUAGAUUUUUAAUAUAGGUGAUAUUGGCGAAGGAUCAAGUCAUUUUAUUCAUGUUUUUAUAGUAGCAGUUAAAAAGCUCAUUUUUGUUUUUAAAGUUAGUGUUAAAAAUAAGCAAUUUUGGAGACUAAACACUUUUUCUACAUUGUUUGAGGUUUUCCCAAGCAAUGUCUUAAUGUACCAUUUUAAACAAUUAUUUAUGUCUUGUACUGGACUUAUUUGGGGUUUUGCUUGUAGCAUUUAUCAGUAUUUUAAUCUUAUGUUAAGAAAGGAAGAGGUGGAUGCUGUUGUUUGAAAAAACUGUGAAAGGUUGUAAACAAAUUAGCUUUUUAAACAUGAAUAAAGUCUGCCUUGUGUGAUUUUAUGGACAAAUCAAACUUUCUUAAAACCUUUGUUUUUUGUUGUUGUUGUUGAUUGUUUAUAGAAUUCAUUAAUAGAUCAUUUUCCUUAUGAAUUUUACAGGUUUCAUCUACCUAUAUGAUCUUAAUAGUUGUAAUGAUCAGGCUGCAAUUUUACAGAACAUGUAAUGUCUCAUAAGAAUCAAUUUGAUGACAUUUAUAUCAAUGUAUCUAUAUUAUUUAUUUUGCUCUACAAAAUGUAAAUUGACUGCACCUCUAACAUAUUCGUUUGGAGAGUUUGAGUGACAGUCGCGCGCACUUGGAGACGCGGCGAGAUGCGCCUUUGGAAACUGAACGGAAUCGCUGAUGUUUGAAUAAAACUCUUGUGGUUUUGACACCAUCUUCUGAGAACAUCCGUCUUUAUAACAUGAUGGCCAGUAGAAACCCCCCGGAUCAUAAACGCUUGACAGGUUUCGUGCGUUUGAGGAACCGGAGAGGGAACCGACUUGCCUUCGUUCUGCUCCGGAUAACGCGACGGGAUUUUGGCUUCUGUCUGACGUCACUCUUCGUGUUCUGUCUGGGAUCUGCGUUGUAUCAGCUCAACGGAGGAGCUUCACGGAUUCUGAUCAAUGUCGGUUAUCAUCUCGGUAAGAUUUGAAUCAUUAAGUUUUUAUUUGUUGACCAAUAGCGGGACAUGUACUGUUGG